UGUGUGUUAUCAGUCGGUAGGCUGCCUUCCGUCACACUAGUUGCCUGCGUGGACGCUGCUUCCGUGUAGUUUUAGGUGCCAAACACACAACAAAGCGCCCGAUACACCAUGGAGGAGGAGAAAACGGACUGUGAUAGCGCACAUGCGCAAAUGUGCCAACCGAUCCUGACGCUGCAGGCGCUGCUCGACUUCGACCAGGGGCCGCACCCGUGGAAGAAUCUGGUCGAGCCGAUCGCGCCCCGCUCCCGGUCCCGCCAUCUCGGCGACCGCUACCAGGUGCUGGAGUUUGCGGACGGGCCGGUCACGCAGGUGGCGAACGAGUCGCGGCCCCAGGUCCUGCUCUGCCACGACUUCAAGGGCAACUACCUGAACGACCGGUACAUCAACGGGGUGCAGGGGGAGGAGCGCUGGGUCGACUAUCGGUUCUACAACUGGGCCGCGAUCGACAUCUUCUGCUACUUUAGCCACCAUUUCGUGACGGUGCCGACGCUGCAGUGGCUCAACUGUGCGCACCGGAACGGCGUGAAGGUGAUCGGGACGCUGAUCGUGGAGCACAAGAACGUGCAGCUGCUGCGGGACAUCCUGCAGUCGGAGGAGUUUAUGCGGCGCGUGGUGGAAGCGCUCGUGACCGUCUCGAAGGUGUGCCAGUUUCACGGCUGGCUGCUGAACGUCGAGUGCGGGCUGGAGACGGGCAAGGUCGGGCUGCUGCGCGACUUCGUGCAGCUGCUGACCGAGCGGUGCCACGCGGAGAUCCCGGGCAGCCUGGUCAUCUGGUACGAUGCGAUCGCGAAGACCGGCCGGCUCGAGUGGCAGAACGAGCUGAACAGUGCGAACGAUGCGUUCUUUCUCGCGUGCGACGGCAUCUUCCUCAACUACGCCUGGGACCGGCAGAAGCUCGAGCGGACGGAAAGCUACAUCCGCAACUACUGCCCGGACCGGCGGCUGGACGUGUACGUCGGGAUUGACGUGUUCGGGCGCAGCCAGAAGGCGCAGAUGGACACGCACGCACCGCUCGAGCAGGUGCUGAGCUUCCCGUUCUCGGUCGCACUGUUCGCGCCCGGCUGGACGUUCGAGUCGCUGGAGGAAUCGUCCCGCCGGGACCGGCUCGAGCCGGACGACCGGAACGUGCUGUUUCUGCAGAUGAACGACCGCUUCUGGAACCGGCUGUGGCGCCACCUAUACGUGCGCGGCCCGGUACAGCUUCCGUUCUACAGCUCCUUCUGUCUCGGGUCGGGCAAGUUCUACAACCGGCUGGGCAGGACGCAGUCGGCCGAGUGCUGGUUCAACCUGGCCAAGCAGCACUUCCAGCCGACCAUCCCGUACACGCCCCCGCUCGAGUACGGCACGCGCAACGACCCGCUCGCCCACUGGACGCACCACUUUGACGGGGCGCUCGACGGCGGCUCCUGCCUGAAGCUGCGCAACGACGCCCGCGACAAGCGCCUGUUCGCGUGCGACUUCCCGUGCGACGACGAUCUGAUCGUGUGCUACGCGCACCGGCGCAGCAACCCGACCGCGAUCGACCUCGGGCUGGUGCUGAAGGCGUACUGCGGCCGGCGCCACGAGUGCCUGCGCAUCGUGUGCGCCAAUGCGGACUGCCACGUGGGCGAGCGGAGCAACGAGGUGCGGGCGCUGCCGCUCGACAAGGAGCAGUCGCUGCAGCUGCUGAAGCUCGGCGCGACGUCCCAGCUCCCGCUGGCCGACACCGUCAACGGGUGGGACAUACGGUACUACUAUCUGUCGGCGGAGCGGCUGCCGGUCGGCAUACGGAUCGUGGACAUUGGCAUCAAGCUGCACAAAGAGCCGGACGCGCACGAGAACGAUCACGCACUGCUCGGUGCCAUCCAUCUGCAGGCCGGCAUACCGGCCCACCGGGACCGUCUGCUGCAGCGCACCGUACUGGUGUUCGAUCGUCCCGAGUAACGCUACCGCUACCUCCUACCCCCCUCCUCUUACUCCCUCCCUCUCUUGGCUUGCAAUAAACAUGUAAUCGAAGUUGGCAAA